AUGAGUUCAGCUGAGAACCCCUGGCUCUCCUCCGAACGCGCCACCGCCCUGAUUCCAUCGCAAGCUACUGCCGAUAGCUUCCUCCUCCGUUACCCUCCCGACCCUCCCGACCCCAUAGCUCCUCCUAUUCCCCCCUCUUUUGAUUCCCAUUUUCCUACUCUUGCUGCUACUACUUCCUCCCCUCCUUUGACCAAAAAGCAAAUUUCUCUCCUCAAAGAGACUGCUCCUUUGGCCAUUAGAUCUGGUUGUUUACCUUCUUCUCCUCCUUUUACUAGUCAAUCAUCUCCUCAAUCCCCUGAGAAGAAUGGAUCUGACAAAUCAACUAUUUCUGAAAAUACUGUUCAAGAUAUUUUCAAGGAAACCAACGUCUCUCCUCUCACCGCUGCCUUUUGCCAGUCUACAGAGAGGGAGGAUCCGUCGUCGCCGAGAUAUAAGUUCACUCCUCUAGUUUCUGUUAAACGAUCUUAUCCGUCUUCACUUUUGAGAUUGAUUCCGAAGGUUUUACCUGUGGAAAUAGCUUUACUAAUUAAUAUCAAUCUGCAGUACGAGAAAGUUGAGAAGAUUGGUGAAGGAACUUACGGUGUGGUUUAUAAGGCACGUGACAAAGUGACUAAUGAGACUAUUGCUUUGAAGAAGAUCAGGCUCGAGCAGGAGGAUGAAGGUGUACCUAGCACCGCAAUUCGAGAGAUCUCUCUCUUGAAAGAGAUGCAGCACAGCAACAUUGUCAAGUUGCAGGAUGUCGUGCACAGCGAGAGGCGUUUGUAUCUGGUCUUUGAGUAUCUUGACUUGGAUCUCAAGAAGCACAUGGACUCCUCUCCUGAUUUCUCUAAGGAUCUACACAUGAUCAAAACGUAUCUUUACCAGAUUCUCCGUGGAAUCGCGUAUUGCCACUCUCACAGGGUUCUCCACCGUGAUUUGAAGCCACAAAAUUUGUUGAUUGAUCGCCGCACGAACUCUCUAAAGCUCGCAGAUUUUGGACUGGCCAGAGCAUUCGGUAUCCCAGUCAGGACAUUUACCCAUGAGGUGGUUACUCUCUGGUACCGAGCACCAGAGAUACUCCUAGGAUCUCAUCAUUACUCUACACCCGUUGAUAUUUGGUCUGUGGGAUGCAUAUUUUCCGAGAUGAUCACCCAAAAGCCCUUAUUUCCUGGAGAUUCCGAGAUUGAUCAACUCUUCAAGAUUUUCAGAAUCAUGGGAACUCCAAACGAGGAUACAUGGCCCGGGGUAACUUCACUGCCGGAUUACAAAUCUGCUUUUCCUAAAUGGAAACAAACGGGCUUAGAGUCUUUUGUUCCGAAUCUGGAUCCCAAUGGAAUAGAUCUCCUCUCUAAAAUGCUGUUAAUGGAUCCGACCAAAAGAAUCAACGCAAGAGCUGCCUUGGAGCAUGAUUACUUCAAGGAUCUUGGCGUUAUGCCAUAGAACCAGUAAUCUCAUUCAUCCACUUUAUAAUUAUCUUUCAAUCUUUUGUUAAUCCUAAGAAGACGAAGCAAAAUACAUGAAUGGCUUUUGUUUAUUCUUUUCUUCUAGUUCUUAUUCUCGUUCGAAAAAAUAAGAUUUCGAGUGUGCUUUGUUUUAAUUUGUGCUUCGAGAUCAUUUUCUUGUGUAUCUUUUUACUAAGUUCAGGAUCCUCCUAAAUAUGGUUUUAUUUUGAAAAAUGUCAUAUAAAUUUGAAUGGAA